CCCUACAGACUGGGCAGUAGGACCUCCCCGCGCUGCAGCAUGGUUACCGUGUGAUGGUUGGUGAGGAGGUGCGUCAUGGGGGAGCCGCUGGAGGCCGUGGAGGGGUCGGACUCGGAGAUCAGCCGUCUGUUCCCCAAGUGCCGGCCUCGCUCUGCCACCAACACGCCCACCACCACCACGCCCACUGACGCCCGCCGUUCCGACCUCAACCUCAACUGUGUCCUCGACUCUGACGACAACGACAACUACGAACCCCAGCACACCUCCGCCAGUGACCUCCCCAGACUCUACGAUAACUCCAAGUUGAGUCGUGAUAGCGGCAGUAGCGGCCGCAUGUCCGUUGAUAGCGGAUCAGGCUCCCGUUCGGGCUCUACACCGGGCUCUAGGUCAGACUCUCACUCGGGCUCGCACUCAGAGUCCGCCAAGAUGGAGCGCAGUGCCGAGGACGUCGAUAUGGACAUGGAUGUGUCGGUGGUGAGUGCUUAUGACGACUAUGAGGACAGGUACAUGAGGUCGUCAGUGUUAGAUUCCUCGUACGAAGAGGCGCCGCCGCAGCUGCCUCUCGCCUCCCGCCACCAGCCGCAGCGGCGGGAACACUUCCGCCUCAGAGACUCUCGUAUUGAGAUAGCAGGAGGGCGGGAAGUGUUCAGUCACAGCCGGUCGCGGCCCGCUCGCCGCAGACACGACGAGUCACAGCGGCGGAGAGGGCAGCAGCAGCAGCAGCAGUACCAGCAAGAGCGGCAACAGCAGGAGCAACAUUGGCCAGAGUCUCCCGGAAACAGCGAGGAACACAGUCAUGGCUGUUCAGUGCGGGAGUCACCCCUGGUGUACGAGACACGACUGACAGGGUCGUCAGAGGUCGUGUUUGAUGACAUUGGGGAGUGGGUGGCCCGGGGCCUGACCGUGCGGGCGCUGGACGACCGGCCAGGCACUCCCACCUCCCCCACGGCACAACUCCCAGGAGAGUCUGCCGAGCUCGGCGAUCAUGGCUACCUCGCUGCCUACGAGCGAUCCACCUCACCCUCGGACUCGGACUCCACUCAAGAAUCCACAACGCACAAGGUCACCAAGAUUGGUAAUGUACCCAUCGCCGAGUAUGAGGGGUCACCCCGGCGUUAUGGCCCCCGGCCCUCACCCAGGUCACACAGCCCUCGGGCAGGUCACAAUGCGCCGCCACCACGACCUCCACGACCUGGUUUCCCUCGUCGGGUCCUGGCAGAAGAAGAAGCUGCCCGGGAAUCCUCAUCCGAGCCCCCAGCGGCAACCUCCAGCGAGGCCAGUGUGCCCCAGGGUGACGAUAGAGAAAUGACACCCCAGGAAGACCCCAGCAGUGACCUUCCAGGGCCUGACUCCUGCUCCGAGGCGGAGAGUGAUUCACCUGCGCCGCCAGUCAUAGCCAUCUCCACCCUCACAUCAUCGUACUCAGGAAGCCUCACCACACAGCCCAAUCCCGACACUUUAGACACUGACAUGUAUGAUUACUCUUAUGAGAUGUCCGAGACUAGAAAAGUUUUAGAGGAGUUCUUUAAGGAACAAGGUGGACGUAGGGAUGAGUUUCUCGACCUGGAAUAUCAUCUAAAACGACAGCAAGGUAACAGCUAUGUGGGCUUGCGUCUGGCUGCCGAGUAUAGUGAAGAUCAGUCACUGGCUGAGGGUGGUGAGCAGCAACCACCGCAGCUGCACCAGCAGCAGCAGACCAGCUCAGAACUCGAUAAUACCAUUUCAGAGCUCAUUAACAAUAGCUUGGAGCAUCACAGCACUGGGUCAGAACAUCUCAGCAAUUCGACUGAAGUCCAAAACAAUCCCGGAGAGCAGCACGGAAACGACACCGAACAUCACACCAGCGGUGUAGAACUUCAUAGUAGGGACACCGAACAGCAGAACAAUGGUCCAGACCAGCAGACGAGACCAGCAGACCAGCAGACGAGACCAGCAGACCAGCACACAAGUCCUUCGGCAGACUUGAACAUCGAACAUGUCCAGGAACUCGGCUCUCCCACAAAUGAGGUAAGCUCAGCAUCUCCUGAUCUACUCAACCACCUCGACCUGUCUUAUGAAGCACAACAGGACACAGCACAAGAGCAGCACCAGGCACCAGAUAGCAUCAGUAACAGCAGUAACUGCAGCACUCACAGCAGUAACAGCAUACACAGUGAGACAGGUUGCCAGGAGGAUCUUGGAGAUUGCCUCUCGGAGCCUCCUCAGGACCCCUUCCCCGAAAGCAGUACACUUUAUGACAGGCUGAAUGAGGUAGUGGUCGCUGCGUUAGGGCGCGAGUGUGACCUCGACGACAGGUCUGGCAACGACAACCCUGGUCCCGGGUCCUGUACUGAUGACCUGUCUGGUCACGAGGACCCGGGGCUUCUAGACCUGUCCAUUGAGGGGGACCAUGACACGGCCUCCACCAACCCUCAGACAGAAGAUCUAGCCGAGACCGAGGUGGGACUACAGGUGGGCCACUCCCGAAACUUCACUUUAUCACCCGAGACAACUUCGUGUGACUCGGGCGACGUGGAAAGUGACUACUCUGGUGUUGACCCGGAAGGGUCAAUCCAUUCAUCCUCCCGAGGCAUCUGCUCGGCUAUGCCAGUGCUGGAGGAUGGUCUUUCCUCAGGUGAUGAGAGUGGAAUGGAGGUGCCAGAAGAAGAAGACAGUAAAGAAUCUUUGUUUGAACAAGAACAAGAGCAACUCCAACAGGAGCAGUUGCAACAACAACAACGUCCUGUCGUGCGGUCCCUGGACGAGCAGUUGUGCAGGGGUGAGCUGCCACCCCUCUACCCCCUCCCAACGCUCAACUCACAUAACUCCCCCCUCCCCAAUGCUGCCAGUUCCCCCCAUACUAAACUCCACUCACGGAAUUCCCCCCACACCAAUGCACAGUCUCCUUCGUCUUCAACACUAAAACUGAUGAAGAAGCAGAUUACGGAGAUUGAGAGGGAGAUAGCCUUGAGGAGGCCAGAGGGAGGGGCCAGGAGGGGAGGGCAUGAUGGAGAGGGACCUCAGCCCCCACUUGACCUUCACCUUCUAGAUCCUCUUAAUGAGAAAAUGCCUGAGCCUCCACCUCCCCCUGCUCCUCACCCUCAUCGUGGGGGCUCUACAGGGAAUAACUCUGUUGUAGAAAAUGGGAGCUCAUCAUCGACCCCAAAUCCGAUACCAUCUGUAUCCCCGAGCCAUGUCCUUGGGCACCUACACUCACCUCAAUAUACUCCAGUUUCAGGCCCGAGUACUGGUCCUCACCUCUUAAGUGCCAUGGGAUCACUCACCAGUCCUGUACAACACAAAGUGACCCCACAUAUGGUCCAAGGUCACCCAGCAGCACAUGACAUUCACCUCAAUCCAGGCGGAGGAGUUGGUCAGAGCCGAGAAAGUGUGGAAGCAGCCAUAGCAGAUAUCAAACAAGCCAUUAGGAGAACUAAAAAUUUGCCUGUUAAGUCUCAUCCUCAAGAUAGAUCACCUAUAAAUGACAAAGCUCCUGUUUGGAUACCACGGAAUAGCAGCACUAAUAGGCGAGAGCCGCAACAGCUGCAGCAGCAACAGCAGCAGCAGCAGCAGCCCAACAGUGGAGAGCAGUCCCCACAGCAGCAGCAGCAGCUGCUGGAGACAGCGUCGGCUGAGACGACUAGGAGUCCUGACCAUCUACGUCAUGAAGAUGGUUUGGAGAGCGAGCAUUUCACCUGGGGUAAGGAGCAGCUCCUUAAUGACGGCUGUAACCCGCCAUCACUGGUUGUUCACGUGUUUGUCCCCACACACUCACCCACACUCUUUCACUGUGUAGCCGAAUUUUCACUGUUAUUGUCACUUUCAUUGUUCACUGGUAAUGUUUCAUUGUUUAACAACACGUUCACUGUUUUUAACGACAGUUUCAUUUAACGGCACUUUUUUUUACUGUUAACGACUGUUUAACGAAGCUGUUUAUCACUGUUCAACGACCCCUGUUAUCUGCACGUUUGGCAUGACACAGUUGGUGAGAGUUAUCUGCUGCUUUAUCGAGACCUUGUUAGCACUGGUGAGUGGAGAUAACACUCUUCUCCUUCACUGAUCUCAGGUGAACUCUUCACACCUGGAGGGUGACACUUUGCACCUUAGGAGUUGUGAGUACCUCAGGAGUACCUGCCCAGUACCUGUCUUG